CCCCACCCCCCCCUCUCCAACACUACUGCACAGGAGCAGCGGAGCAGAACGAAACCUUUUCGCUCGAAGCUAUCACCGGAAAUGGCGAGCGCUCUCGCGAAGUAUCUGAUGACGAGGGCGAGGGUCGGGGCACUGGCGCCGACGCUCUCCGCCGCGCACCAUCACCUCGUCCGCCGCGGCGUCGCCGCCGACGACGCCUCCCUCAUCGACGAGGGAUCUAUCAAGAACCCUUUGUCUCUACCAAAGGCACAAUUGGUUCGUCAUUUUAACAGUGAGAGGUUGGGUUCUUCUCAUAGGUUCUUCAGCACCCAGGCCACAACAACUGCAACUACUCCACAGGCUCCACCGCCACCACCGCCGGUAGAGAAAACCCACUUUGGCGGCCUUUCGGACGAAGACCGCAUCUUCACCAAUCUUUAUGGCUUGCAUGACCCUUUCCUUAAGGGUGCAAUGAAGCGAGGUGACUGGUACAGGACCAAGGAUCUGGUGCUGAAGGGAGCUGAUUGGAUCGUCAAUGAAAUGAAGAAAUCUGGCCUUCGAGGCCGUGGAGGAGCUGGCUUUCCUUCUGGUCUCAAAUGGUCAUUCAUGCCAAAGGUAUCGGAUGGCCGCCCUUCCUAUCUUGUCGUUAAUGCUGAUGAGAGUGAACCAGGCACGUGUAAAGACAGAGAGAUCAUGCGCCAUGACCCGCACAAACUGCUUGAAGGGUGCCUGAUUGCUGGAGUUGGUAUGAGGGCUACAGCCGCUUACAUCUAUAUUAGAGGGGAGUAUGUUAAUGAGCGUCAUAACCUCGAAAAGGCAAGGAAAGAAGCAUAUGCAGCGGGACUGUUGGGAAAGAAUGCUUGUGGAUCCGGAUACAACUUUGAUGUGCAUAUACACUUUGGUGCUGGUGCUUAUAUCUGUGGUGAAGAGACUGCUCUGUUGGAGAGCCUUGAAGGCAAACAAGGGAAGCCGCGGCUUAAGCCACCUUUCCCGGCUAAUGCCGGUCUAUAUGGCUGCCCUACAACUGUCACGAAUGUGGAAACUGUAGCCGUGUCUCCCACUAUCCUUAGGCGGGGCCCCGAAUGGUUUGCAAGUUUUGGUCGGAAGAACAACUCAGGGACAAAGCUGUUCUGCGUAUCUGGUCACGUGAACAAGCCUUGCACGGUGGAAGAGGAGAUGAGCAUUCCUCUCAAGGAGUUGAUAGAGAGGCACUGCGGUGGUGUGAGAGGAGGAUGGGAUAACCUGCUUGCUGUUAUACCUGGGGGUUCUUCUGUUCCUCUCCUACCGAAGCACAUAUGCGAUGAUGUUUUGAUGGAUUACGAUGCAUUGAAGGCUGUUCAAUCGGGGUUGGGAACUGCGGCGGUUAUAGUGAUGGACAAGUCGACUGACGUUGUGGAUGCGAUAGCGAGGCUGUCGUACUUCUACAAGCACGAGAGCUGUGGGCAGUGCACGCCAUGCAGGGAGGGGACGGGGUGGCUGUGGAUGAUCAUGGAGAGGUUGAAGGUGGGAAAUGCAAAAUUGGAGGAGAUCGAUAUGCUUCAGGAGGUGACGAAACAGAUUGAGGGGCACACCAUAUGUGCUCUAGGGGAUGCCGCUGCGUGGCCAGUGCAGGGGCUCAUCAGGCACUUCAGGCCGGAGCUGGAGAGGAGGAUCCGGGAACGGGCAGAAAAGGAGCUGCUGCAGGCUGCUGCUGCUUGACAUAUUUUGCUAGAAUGGUUCAGGGGCCUCUUAUUAGCAUCAAAUUUCUUAUUUACGUCAGCAAAUAAAUGAUGGACUGAUAGAGGUAAGUUCUUUGUGAAAGAUACACACCUCUUGUGAUUUAUAUGAGGCAUCGAAUUGAUCCUUUGUUUGAUGUACUUAAUAUGUGGUAGAUUUUGAUGUUCUGAUACUUUAUGAUACUGGAAAAGAAGAAACUUAUGUGAUUUAUUUCCCCGAGUUUCAAAAACCUGUGUCUGUAUGUUAUGUUUCUUCUUGAGUGAAUCUGUUGAACUUAAUUCUGCAUGUA